AUGAAAAAAGAAAUAGGUGAUGAAACCAAUAUUAAAGUUCUCGGCAACGUUCUCAAAGAUAUGGGUCUAUAUGAUAAAGCAUUACAAUGUUAUGAAAAACUUUUAAAACAAUCAAAACCAAAUGAUCUAGCUAUUCUAAGUUGUUAUUAUGGUAUUGGUCAAGUUAUGCAACUCAAAGGUGACUAUGGCGGAUCAUUGUGGUAUUUCGAGAAGAUAUUAGAUAUGAAAUCUAAAUUUCCAUCUAAAGAUAAAAUGAUACCUGGUUUAACACAUAAUUAUAUUGGUAUUGCCUAUCACUAUGGAAAAACUCACGAUUAUACAAGAACUUUAUAUCAUUAUCAAAAAGCACUUGACAUUCAUUUGGAAGUGAAAGGUCCUGAAUUUGUAGGUACAACUUAUGUGCAUAAUAACUUGGCUACACUUCAUCGUGCUCUGGAAGAUUAUGAUAAAUCACUCGAAUAUUAUUUUAAAUGUUUGGAUUUGAAGAAAACAUUAUUUGGUACAGAACAAGAUUGGCGAAUUGGUUCCACGUACAAUAACAUUGGUGCAGUCUAUAGUGGCGUAUCCAGGAUUUUUUCGUAUGAUGGAUUUCAUGUUUAG